AGACAAUGUGCUUCUUAUCAAGCAGCACGUGGAGAAAACGGCGAUGACCGGAGCAGCCACAAGCGGUCAUCCAUUGAUCGUAGACAAAGAAGAUAUCGUAGUGCACGGGUGGGCUGAGUCGUUCGUGUCUAGAAAAUCUGGAAAAUCUCGACCCGAAUAAUACCAUGUGUAAAUGUUAUGGCGCUCCGAAGUAUAAGACUGACAUGUAGUAAUGUACUCCUUCAGACUGCACAAUCUUCUCAAAAAUGAAGCUCUCUUUAAUUGUUUUGCCGUUUCUUUAUCAUGUCGCAUUUGGCGACAUGGUUCUAGAGGACUUCUCAGACCCUUCUCGAUAUUUGGACGGGGCGAACCUUUUAGGGCAAGACACCAGUGAUGACGGCACAAUGAAAAUCAACUUACCCGCCUCAAACGGUCUCUUGAGCAACCUGACUUUACAACGCGCCAAUGCCGAUUCUUACUGGUAUUCCUUGACGGGUUGUCACGAUGCUCGUCAGAUCUCGGCCAUCAAAAUCGACAUCAAGUCUAGUUCUCCUCUAUCAAAUAUUACGAUUGGCUUACACCUUUCGAAAGGCAUUGCUAUCGAACCUCCCCCUGCAACCUUGUGCGACACCCGAAUCAAACUUGACACGACGUUGUCAGUAACAAACGUUCUCAAAACCUACACUCUUCCGUUGACCCGUUGGACUAGUUCCUUAAACCAUGGCUUGUACGCUGUGGUUUUAUGGAAUUUACCGGCCGGAGUCAAAUUUACUGUCGGAAACGUCACUUUGGUCAGCUCUACUCAGUGGGGAGCCUGUGCUGAUUAUUCACGAGGAUGUAUAAACACCAGUUCAUUCCCGAAGUAUCUGUCAAACACCGGUGUUCAUCGGUUUCAAGUAAACGUAUGGACAAACAUCACUCGGCAAAUACACAUUCGAGCUCUCUACAGCGGAAAAGUCGUCGGCACAGUAGUCAAAACGGUCAACGGAUCCAACAGUACACAAAAAGUACAAGUAGCGUUGAAAUAUCCACUACCUCUACCUGCGAACGGUUUAUCAUUGGACGGGUAUUUCCAGCUCGGCAGUGUGGUGACUGCAAAAGCGAGCGUCAACCUUGUGGACAACAACAACAAUUAUGCUACGAAGUAUACGAUCUGCAAGCCGGGAUUAUUUGCCUUGACCUUCGACGAUGCGCCCUCAAAGUAUACGAGCUCGCUUUUAGAUUAUCUAUCUUCUCAAAAAGUAAUGGCAACGUUUUUUGUAAACGGCAACGCGACCAGUUUUUUCGAUGGAUCUCCGGUCGGGGUGGAUAUUUAUCCAAACGUAUCGAGACGGAUAGCUUCCGAUGGUCACUUAAUCGCAAGUCACACCUACACACAUCCUUGGUUGACGAGUUUGAACCAAACUCAAGUAGUCUCCGAAAUGAUCAGUAUCGAAGAUUCUCUUUCAAAACUUGGCCUUCCGAAACCUAAGAUUAUGCGUCCUCCCCAUUCGGCGACGAAUGCAGAAGUGGACAAAACUCUGAAAGAUCUCGGGUACAUCAAUUUUUCUGAAAACAUCGACUCUUACGAUUGGUUUCUGUUGAAAGACGUCUAUUCGAGCUUUGCCACUUUCAAGUAUAAUUUAGACAAUGCAAAUGUGGCAACCGAUGGACACGUUAGCUUACAGCAUAGCAGCACUCCGUACAAUGUAAUGUUGACUAAAAUGGUGGUCGACUACGUGAGGAGCAAAGGUUACCAAUUUGUUACAGUAGAUAAAUGUAUUUGACAUCUGAGGAGGUAAAGGUUACGAAUUUGUUACAUUAGAUAAACGUAUUUGACAACUGAGGAGUAAAGGUUACGAAUUUGUUACAUUAGAUAAAUGUAUUUGACAUCAUUAUAAAUUAUCAUGUUAUCGAUAAAACUUGUGAAUUCGUCAUAUCCGUG